CGAAUCGCUGCUUCCUGUUCUCAGUUGGUGCAACCAAAAAGUCAGUGCAACCAAAAGUCGGUGCCGCGGGCAAACUUGAAGCUUCCCUUAUCUUGACGAGCAUUUUCAUUCGCCCACAUCUCGUUCUGUGCAGCUGUCGACUAUGGCUUCUCCAAUGAGGGCCACCGACCCUCUACCUCCCGACGACCUGCACGAAUCUCGGUCGCGCUCCAGGUCGCCACGAUAUUCGCGAUUGCCCUCCAUGGAUCGCCGCCGCUCCUAUGACAAAGAUGCCCGCUCACCGGGUCGGAAUGGCAGAUACCGUAGCCGCAGUCGCGGUCGCAGCAUCAGCCGCACACCCAGCCGCAGCAGAACCCGCAGCCGCAGCUACUCGCGAUCUCGGAGCUACAGCCGCGACAGAAGUCGGUCGCCGAGCAGGGCACGCAGCGCCAGUCCUCCUCCUAAGUCCACCAAGAUUGUCGUCGAGCGGUUGACCAAGAAUGUCAACGAGGACCAUCUCUACGAGAUCUUUGGCCAGUAUGGUGAGAUUGAUGAUUUGGACCUUCCCAUCAGCAGACAAACCGGUACGAAUCGUGGCACAGCCUACAUUCUUUACUUCAACGAGGCGGACGCCGAGUCGGCCAUAUCCCACAUGCACGAGGCACAACUCGACGGCAGUGUGAUCAACGUGUCGAUAGUACUCCCGCGGCGCAAAGUCUCCCCACCUCCUCCUUUGGCGCGUCGCGGCCCCCGCGGUCCUCCUGCGAAUGUCAGGCCCCUGCUUGGACCGUCGGGUCCUGGCGCACCAGCGGGUCGCGGCUGGAGGUCCCCUGGCCCAGGCCGCUACGGCCAGCGUUCCGACGUCUACCGCCCGCGGUCCGUGUCUCGCUCCCGGUCUCGCUCCCCGCUGCCUCCGCCGAGCGGUUCGCGUAGAUAUCGAUCUCGCUCUCGUUCGCCAUCGUAUUCGUCGCGAUCUCGCUCCCGCACGCCUCCAGGACGUCGGGACCGCAGGGGCGGCCGCGGCUACGGCAGACGGAGGAGCCCCAGCCGCGGUAGCUACAACAGCUACAAUAGGCGCAGCAGGAGCCACAGCCGGGACUACGAUCGUAGAUAGUGUGUCAGUCACGAGAGUGGGAGUUGGUCUUCGGCUUUGAUGGGAGGACAUUGGCGUUCAGGCGGAUUGCAGGAAUCAAAAGGGACAAAAGGAUUUCCAUUCUAUUCGUGCUUUUAAUAUUGUCUGGCUUUGCUAGGCUAAUGGAUUUCAGAUGACGAACA